GUGCUGCCCUAUGUCAGGUGUCCCUAAUAGAGUCCCUCUUUUUUUCAGGAGUUCUUCUCAGAGUUCCUCCUUACAUCAAAGUUCCUAUAACAGUCCCUCCUUACAUCAGGUGUCCUCACCAAAGUGCCCCCUUACAUCAACUGUCCCCAUCAGAGUGUCCCCUUACAUCAACUGUCCCCAUCAGAGUGCCUCCUUACAUCAACUGUCCCUAUCAGAGUGUCCCCUUACAUCAACUGUCCCCAUCAGAGUGCCCCCUUACAUCAACUGUCCCCAUCAAAGUGUCCCUUUACAUUAACUGUCCCCAUGAGAGUGCCCUCUUACAUCAACUGUCCCCAUCAGAGUGUCCCCUUACAUCAAGUGUCCCCAUCAGAGUCCCCCUUACAUGAGGUGUCCUCACCAGAGUGCCCUCUUACAUGAACUGUCCCCAUCAGAGUGUCCCCUUACA